AUGCGGCGUCGACUUUUGCGAGGCGGCGGGAGGCUCAUGCACGCGGCGGCGUUGCUGCUGCUGCUGCUGCUGGCCUCCGCGCCCACUCUGCCGGCCCGAGCCGCGGCCGAAGACGCAGAGGCGCUGGAGCUGGACUCGGUGCCAGUCGUCGCGGCCUUGGACAAGCACGUGAUCGAGCUCGAGUUCGAGCGCAUGAACCGGAUAGCGCGAGGGGACGUGGGCGACGACGGCCGGACGCCAGUGAUACAGGACGGAUCGCAGCAGGCGCAGUUCCUGCUGCACUUGUUCGACGGACAGGCAGGUUCGAGCUCGUCCGAGUGUUCGGGCAGUGCAGGUGACGCAGAGACGAUCGAGUUCCCGCAGUCGCAGUCGCAGGACUGCAGCCAGGCAGGUUCAGGGUCGGUGGAGAGUGAGGCCGACGCGUUGGGCUUUACGUUGGGCUCGAAUGGACUCGAGGUCUCGGUCGGAUCGGUGGAUGUCGCUGUGGGCUCCGCUGGUAUUGAUGUCUCGGCUGGUUCGGGGUCUACAGGGCUGGGAGUGUCGGUGGGUUCGGGAGGACUUGGCGCAACGGUCGGCUCGGGCGGACUCGAUGUCUCAGUAGGAUCAGGAUCGGCAGAGUUAGGAGCUUACAUUGGCUCUGGAAGUCUCGAGGCCACGGUGGGGUCCCAUGGCUUGGACGUCUCGGUCGGUUCACAUGGCCUAGACGUCUCGGUGGGAUCACAUGACUUGGAUGUGUCGGUCGGCUCUGGAAGUGUAGGCGCUACCGUUGGAUCGGGUGAUCUCGACGUCACAGUUGGCUCUCGUGGCGUUCACCUUGACGCUACUGUCGGAUCGAGUGAUAUCGACGCCACUGUAGGCUCGCGUGGCAUUCAUGUUGACGCCAGUUCCAGGAACGUUGACGCUAGUGUUGGAUACGAGGGUGUCCACAUUCAAGGCACAAGUUUACCCAACGUCGAUGCAUCUGUAGGCUCUCACGCCAUUCACAUGGCUGCCAGCUCGUUGGACGUUAACACUGCAGUCGCCUCUCAUAUCUAUGAGACUUCUAGGAUCACUCCAGCCCCCACCACCCCCAUCGAUACAAGUAUUACCCAGACUGCUGACGGGUCUGGUGGUGUUCAGCUUAUCGUUGGAUCGAGUGAUGACAGCGCAGCCGCUGCAUCUCCAGAAAACCCUGAGGAGCGAUCGAUUAUCCUUCAGGGGACAUCAGCACCGGCGGCUUCGACUGAGGAAACUCCUUCGCCAGCAUCAGCCAGUAACUUCACAGCCUCCACGGAGGCAACUCCUGCACCUGCGGCAUCGAGCAACUUGACAUCCACUACGGCGGAAACGGCGGUGCCAACGGAAGCAUCGUCGCAGGCGAACUCGACGGCAACGGGCUCAUUCAGCGGAUCGGAGGAAGUUGUCAAGGUUUUCUCGCUCACAGCUAGCAACAGCUCCUCGAGCGAGUCCGAAUCCGGGAGCAAAAGCUGGUGGAGUAGCAGCGGCGUGGAGUACGUGCCUUACACGUCAACAUACUGUCGGUGUAACCCAACGGAGUGCCAGAAUGAGCAUCCCGGCGAGUCUAGCGGGUCCACAUGCGAAAGCAAGCUGUCCGAUGGCUCGUGCCCGUCGGGAUAUAAGACCUGUGUCUCAACCGACUCGUACAAGGUCUCAACAUCGACAGUCACCCCCAACAGUGUUGCGGAGGCUACCUUCACCCUUCUGGCUGCGGAUAUCAUCGGAGCGUUCUACAACUUGGGCGAGGAAGAUCCCAUGACGCGUAAGAGCAAGUGGUGGAUCACCAUCUCGCUCCCAAGCGGGUGGAGAUUUGUGGCCUGGGAAAACACGGCAGUUGACGUGACGCUGCGUGACGACAGCAAUGAGACCUCUGCCACUCAUCGGGUCCACAGCUGCGCGGACGUGACGAGCAGCAAGAACUGCGAUAGCGAUUCCCACCGUUACGGCUUCGUCAGCGUUAUGGAUCUGCUCGAAGGCCGUGAGGAUUUGAUGACGUCGAACUCCGGGGGACCGAUGUCGUUCGUACUAUCCCAGAGUAUCAUCACAGGAUCCAGCGCUUCCAGCAGCUCCGUGGGCGUGAGCGUGUCGCUGUCUUACGAGACGUCAAGUGGGACGCUGAAAUCUGCAGCUACCUCUAGGCGCACACGGGAGCUGACGGUGAUUACGUCUGGGUCAAGUAUUGCAUCGACCUCAGCCCAAGAUUUGAGCGCGUUAACGCUUGCUACGAUGGCGUUGCCUCCCGUCAGAAAAGGGCGUUUGGAUUCAUCGCUCUUGUGGAUGGAAGAAGAUACCGAGAUUAUGAUGCUGUCCUUUUCGACGUCCUCCAUCGUUGGCCCCAAUUCGGACAACCCCAAGGUGUGUGCCAACUUGCGCUCGGCAUACUGCGCGAGCAAAGGACGUGAACCUGUCUCCACUGUAACCUUUGGGUCUUCUGCGGCGGCCUCAUACGUCCAAGGUGGAAACCCGUUCCUGAACCUGUAUGCCGAUCCGGGUGAGACCAACCUCAACAUCGAGAGCGACAACGCUACCUACUUCUGCGUGACGGACCUUCUGCCGUCGGGUGUCAAGACCAAUGACUCGUGGGAGAUCAGGACGACCUUCACGUUCCAAAUCCAAGUGACGAAUGUGGCGUGGACGGGAGACGAGGACCAGGAGGAUGACUACACUAGUGGGUUCCGUUUACCCGCGCUCAGCGAGGUCACUCUCAUGGACGAUAGCGAUGUGAUAGGGAGCGAUUGCGCACAAACGGUGGUGCACUCGAAGACAUACUCGAAGUACACUCUGAGUGUGUACAGCGUGAUGUCGAUCACAUUCUUCGCUGUGGCGUUGGCUGGUGCUAUCCUCGUCACUCGAAUGAACGGAAUCUCCUUCUCGAGACCGACGUUCUACAACGAUAUGACAUCGCUCUCUGUGAUGAUGAUCUUCGUUCUGUGCAUCGUUGGCAACGCUAUUUGGAUCAGCGUCUCGACCAAGGCGUCAUCCGCCAGCGGAACGGACAUUUAUUACCUGCUCUACGCCAUUUCUGUGUGCUUCACGUGGACGAUGAUGACGUCGGUGUGUUUCCACUGGGGCACUGUGCUGUUCCACGACGUGGGGGCGUCAGGGCGGUUGAUCGUGUUCAUCAUUUACGUGAUCAUCAACGUGGCGUUCUACGGUUUCCAGCUCUUCGGAGUCGUGAGUCUCACCGACUUCUACAAGUGCACGUACGACGACUACCUCAAGAAUCCUUUCUACUCCAUGCGGCUAUGCUCGGAUAACUAUUGCCCCGAUCUGCAGCCAACACAGUGGAAGUACGCGGUGAACAACAUUUGCAAGGAUGUGAGCUACUCGGACUGGUUCUUCCCACUGCAGCAAAGUGCCGAGCUGCUGAUCUUCCUCACAUCCGUGGCGUUGCUGGUGCUGGGAACGUUCGUGAUUCAGCGCGGUGUGCGCUUGAUCGAUCAAUCUGGCGAUAUUUUUGAUGACCACGUGGUGAAGGUGAUGAAGAAGUCGUUGAUCACGUACCUGGCGGUGAUUCUCUCGAUCGCACUCGUGCUCGGAACGUCUUGCAUCAUGAACUCCAUCCUCCACUGGAAGAACUGGACCAUCAACUCUGUCGUGUGGUACAUUUUCUCCAUUUGGCUUCCGACUCUUGUGCCUCCGAUUGGCUUCUUGCUCUUGCAGUGGAAUCCCCGGCUACACGGUAUGAAUUGGAACCCUUCGUUGCACGUAAAAGACCCGCAGCUGCUUCAUCGCACCAUGUCGAGUAUUUCCGAUAAGGUUGAGAGCGGAAAGUAUGCCCUUCCUUUGGAUGCCUCGGGACUGAGCGAUGGUUGGGCAGGCAUCCUGCGCUUUCCCGAUACGGAGUACAACCCUAUCGGUCAGGAGAGUGUGGAUGGCACGCAGAAUGUGCUCGCGCUAGCUGUCCAGCUCGUGUCGCCGAUCUCGCUUACGCACGCGUGCUUUGUCGAGCUCUACGUUGCGGAGAAUACGGCUUCGGAGGCUGGCGAGAACGAUGUCACGGGCGAAGAUCACUACGAAGAUCUUCCGAUGCUGAGCUACCGUCGCUCCUCGAUCAGUACGUUCAUCGAGACCGGACUGCACCAAGAAGGGAUUCUCAGCCGUCGUAGCCAUUCGUUGUCGCUACUUGGCGGUGGAGCCUUGCCCACGCCUCUGCCUGCUUCCAAUCCGGGAGCGAAGUGGUCACGCGUGGGCUUCACCGAGACAGUUUUGCCCACUCUGGUGACGGCAAACUCCGAAAACGGCGUGACGCAGAUCGCGACGUUCUUGUCGGUGCUUCAGAUCCCGGUGAUGCCUGCCAACCCACUGCUUCGCUUCGUGGUGUACGAGAUCCCGGAGAAGACCUCGUCGCCGUCAGUAGACGGCGACCUGCGCGAGUCCCGCCAAAUGAUGCGUGCAUCUUCCCUAAAGCUCGAUGAGCGCGCUCGAAUUGCACGUGUGUCUGGCAUGGGCAUGGCUCCUCCCUCUCGGCCCAAGGUGUUCUGUGAAUUCUCCUGUGCGUGCGAUGACAUGCUGGCGUCUGACGAGGUGAAUUUGGUGGCUCGACAAGUCUCCUACCGCAAUCGGUCGCCCAUUCCGACAAUGCUCAGCGAUGGAACUGGCACCGAGUCACCGAAUGUAGCGGCUGCAACUGGUGCUGCUACCCCCGAAGUGGACCCCUCGGUGCCACGCUUGCGGGUCAAAUCCAUGACUGUUUCCCCGCGUCAGCUGAAGGAGAACUCGGGUUUCUACAUUUCCAAGAGUUUCCAGUUUGCUGAAGGGGAUGAAAUGGUGAUCGAAGACAUGGUUGAAAGUCCACUCACGAACGAGCUGCCCCGACAGUACCUGGAGCUGCUGGUUGCCGAGCGCGCGGACGAUCUAGCGCGUGCGCAGGCUGACGCCGCGGGCUUUGAAGCGAGGGUGAAGAGUGGCCUGGUUGGUAACUUGUACGACAACCUGAUCGAGCAGAUCCAGGGUGAGAACGACCAGACCGUGGUCCAAACGUGGCUGAACGACCGGGUGCAGCAGCGCAAGAUGUACCUCGAAGGACUACAGGAGUGCCACCAGGUGUGUAUCGACCGAGCGGAGGAGGGGCUUAACUUCAAGGCGAGUACCGAAAAGAAGAGCCUCGUGCUGCGGUUCCUGCCUAUCAACCUGCAUGUGCAAGACAUGUGGGUAGGCCCCACAGCCGACCUGCGCUCGCAACGAUCAAGACGGACUUCUCCCCACGUGAAAGUCUAUCCGACGGUAACUGUUGGCGCGUUCGCUGCUCACUGCUUCAAGUUCCGUCACAAUGGAAGCAUCCUGAGUCUUCGAGCGACGCUGCAGAAGCGCUCACUGUCCCACGUGCAGAGUGAUGUGUCGGAGCAGAGCGGCGCUGGCGCUGACAUGGUGGACUGGAGCAACGCGGACGUCCGUUCUACCGACGAGACACGAUGGCACCUCACAACGCGGUUCGAUAUGUGCUUGUCACAGGCGCUGACGGCGUUGGUCGCUUCGUUCUGCCGCCAGCUGGAGUACUCACUGCAGCACCCGACGGACCGCAGCUUUCUGCACACGAUCGAGUCCAUUGGCUUCCUGUUCCAGGUCGAGUCGUUGCUGUCGACUCAGGGCAAGGAGAUCGGAAUGCUGGAGGAUUUCUCUGCUGCGGUUGAUGGGCUCAAGCACGUCACCUUCGUGCUCGACACGUCACCGCCUGCGCACCUCCCGUCAACGCUGCUUAACUUGCACAUGAAGAACACGCCGCUACCGGGCGUUGUGUCGGUGCGCUUGAGCAGGGGAUCUGCCAAGGGGACCUUCACCGUCGCUGUCGGUGUGCGCUGCUCUGAAGACAUUCGGGCGUCAAUCCCGUCCACAAUCCGCUCGGGCGGCUCCAUUUCCGUCACGCCGGUGAUCUUCACUCAAGGCAUCAAUGAGAUGCAGACGCUGGCCAACAACGCCAGCAGCAAGAAGACGACUCUGCAGGACAUCAUCAACCGCAAGAGCUUCUUCGUGCUGACCCGCCACGUCGAGAAGUACAAGCAGCUUGCGGCUCAAAGGCCGGACACGGUGCCUACGCCUGUGAGUACCAUCACGCCUCUCCUCGAGUCGCUGGAGGGGCGUAUUGCAACAGCGAGCAAGCGGCAAGUGGUGAAGUCCAAGCACCCGAAGAUCAUCCAGGAGAGCUCGCAUUUGUGCCGACUGCUGGGUGCCGGCCGCGUGACCUCGUGCAAGAGUGCCAAGGACCGCACGGGCAUGUCGGUGACGCUCGAGCAGGUGCGUCUGCUGAGCGAGAACCACGGUCUGCCCGAGGAGUUCGCGGUGCGCACAGUGUCGACCAUGCGCAGCAACGGCGUGCGGCUGGAGAACGCUCUCAAGAACACGGGCAAGCGCCAGUACGCCUUCAACGCGUUGCAGCGCUCGCUGCUCCCGGACGAGUACAAGUGUCCCGAGGGCACGUACGGCCGCGGCAACCAGCGGCAAUUGCUGACGGAUUCCAAUCUUUCCGAUCAAGAUCGACGACAAGUGCGCUACAUGCAACGCGAGCUACUUCAGGGCAUGAAGGAGCAGGAAGAAGAAUUGAGGAGCCUCAACUCGGACAAGUUCGAUGCUGCCGCGGGGGACGUGGAUGAGCUGUACCAGCACGUGCACUACCCCCGCGAGGGGAACUUGGACAGUCUGUGCUUGGAUGAGCUCGAGACUGCCGUGGGGAAGCAGUCCAAGAUGCUGAGCGGCACGGAUAUGACCAAGUUUAAGGCCCUGGACUUAAUAAACGCAGGAAGUCGAGAAUGCACCACCGCAUCGACUGAGUUUGACUGGGAUGGACUGGGAGUGGCUGUGGGGUCUUGCUUCCAAUCGGUCCCGGACACGAAUGUCUUGUUCGGUCGGUUGGAUACGACGGUGGCCGAAAAGAAGCAGAGGAAGGCCCCACGUCGAGCACCCAAGGACGUAACCGCGCAGGCAGCCGAGCCCAAGCUCUACACAGCCAAGGCAAAGGAUACUGAAGGAGCCCAAGCUCGUCGGCUGAAAGUUCUCGAGACGGCCGUUGCCCGCGAGUCUGGAGGAAAAGCGUCGCUGUUCAACGCAACGCUGGAUCCAACGAGCUUCGAGCAGACCAUUGAGAAUUUGUUCGACACGUCCUUCUUGGUGAACCAAGGCGUGCUGGGGAUUGGAGUGGACGAAACCACGGGGUUACCUUACAUCGAGCAAACGACUGCGGAACACGGUGACGGUGCUGAAAGAGAGCAAUCAAUCAUCAGCCUCACUCCAGCUCAGUGGGAAGAGCUCGCAAGUGCAUACGGCCGCGAUGAGCCUUUGGUUGGCCACCGCUCCAACCACGACGACGGCAAGAGAUUUUUACGCGGUGACAAGGUCAACGAAGAGAGAACAACAUUCAACGACGAGCUGAUCAACCAAUACCUGCACCUGUUCGAAGGUUGGGCAAGAAACAAGCAGACGCCUGAGCACCUCUUCAUGUACCUGGGACUCCCCGGAAUCAUGAAGAAGGCUUACAUCAAGGGGAGAUGGAACUUGCUGCUACAAAACGAGAAUUUCAUCAUGUACCGCAAGUACGAGAAGUACUUGCAUCUCCUGAAGAACGGUGAGCACUGA